AUUGUUUUUUUGUGAUCUGUUUAGUUGCUCAGAAAAUGUGCCCUUUUUUAUGCGCAUUAUGUGUUUUUUUACUGCAAAAUCAAGGAAUUAAUGAUAGGUUAUGGAGCAGUUUGUUUUUUCUCCGAAUUUUCUCAAGUUAAAUGUGCCGAAUGCGGUGUUAAUUUCGUUCGAAUUGUUGUUGCAAUCUGUUAGGUUGUUGAGAAAAUGCUGGAAACUCUUUUCACCCGAAAUCGUCAUUUUUUUUAAAGUUGUGCAUUUGCGUUUUGUUAUUUUUUGAGCUCCGAAAAUUUUCAAUUGAAAUGUGCAAAUGCGGUGUUAAUUGUUUUUUGUUGUUGUGAUCUGUCCAGAAAUUCUCAACUGAAAUGUGCCAAAUAUGUUUUUCUUUUUUAAUUAUAGCAAAAUCAAGGAAUUAACAGUAAUAGGUUAUGGAGCAAUUUUGGUUGUUAUUUGGAGUUUCUCAAGCAAAUGUGCCAAACGUGGUGUUAGUUGUGUUCAAAUUGUUGUUGCCCUCCGUUUGCUUGCUGAGAAAAUGCUAUGAAUUCUUCCCUAAAAAAAGGAAGAAAAAAAUCGUGUGCAAUCUGUGUGUUCUUUUGCAAAAUUUAAAGAAUUUUGAUUUAGUUGAAAUUUGGUUUUGCUCUGAAUUUUUUCAAGUAUAAUGUGCCAAUAUGGUGGUAAUUUCAGUUGAAUUGUUGCUGUGAUCUGUUUGGCUACUGAGAAAAUGCUGGAAAUUGUUCCAACAAUAAAAAUAAAGAAGAAAAUUUCACUGUGCAUUAUUUGUGUUUUUUGCAGCAUUACAUUGUGACUGCUUGAUUUAUUUGAAGUUUCUUGAUAUUGAGCAGUUUGCUCUUAGCGCUGAAUUUCUCAAGUAUAAUGUGUCAUUAUGUUGUUAAUUUUGAAUGAAUUAUUGUUGACUUGUUGCAAUACAUUUUGGUUACUGAGAAAGUGCUGGAAAAUAUUUGUACUGUUUUUGAAGAGAAGUAAGGAUCAGAGUAACUGUUUCCAUUAGUUGAUUGUCAAAUCUGAAGAGGAUCCACAUUGCUUAUCUUGGAAUCUGAGUUUCAUAUGUUGAUUAUUCAUCUCUCUGCUUUCCUGAAGAAUUAUUGACUAGUAAUCCACCAUGAACUGGAAUCAGCAAAUGGAAAUUCAUUACACGAAUGCUGCUAUGCCUUAUAAUUCAAUUGGAAGCUUUAUGGAUUUCUUUGGAGGUGUUACAUAUGACCAUGUAAAUUAUAUAUUUGCCGAUCCUCCAUAUGGUCAGGAGAGUUUAUACCCAUCGAUUAGUACCAAUCCAUACAAAUUUGGGUACUCUGAAGCAGGUAGUUUCUCGUAUUACGAAUAUGGUCAUGAAUAUGUGGUUAAUGAUCAUGUAUCUGGAAUCGAGGAGCAUGAUAGACAUGUAGAGAACCCUUCAACCGCCACUGGUUUCCAGAAUGUAGCUGCAAAUGUGCAUAGAGAAGAAAUUUCAGGCUCCAAUUCACGCACUAAUUCUGUGGAAUGUCCUAGGGGUCAAAUUAAUACUCGUGACAGUGAGGUUGUUUGGCAAGAUAAUAUCGACCCUGACAACAUGACCUAUGAGGAAUUACUUGAAUUGGGGGAGGCUGUUGGAACUCAAAGCAGAGGUCUUUCCCAAGAUCAAAUCUCCUUGCUUCCAAUCACAAAGUUUAAGUGUGGCUUAUUCUCAAGAAAGAAAUCAAGAAAGGAAAGGUGUGUCAUCUGCCAGAUGGAGUACAAACGAAAUGACCGACAGAUCACUCUUCCCUGCAAACAUCUCUAUCAUGCUGGUUGUGGCAGCAGAUGGCUAAGUAUCAACAAAGCUUGCCCAAUUUGCUACUCGGAAGUGGUGAUUGAUACAUCGAAGCGGGGAAGCAAAUAACAAGCACCAUAGGGAACUGGCUUCAUAUUUUUCUUCUUGGUCACAACAUUUUCCCUUUUUUCUUUUCGUUCACGUUCUCCUUAUAGAUCUUAUUUUUCCCGUUGCUUCUGUGUUGCAUUAGAGAAAUAUAGUCUAGUGGUAAAUAAGAACAGAAAGAAACACCACGUUUGACAGUGUCGUUAGAUGUUGGAGCUUAGUACCACACGUUCUGUUUUGAAUAUUAGCCAUGAUCUCAGAACUGUCACAAAAAGGAUGUCUACUUUCACUUUCACUGUCCUGAUUCUAUUGCCUCGGAGAAAUACAAAAAGACAAAGAUGAAUGAACCAUUUCUUUUUCUUCUUCUACCUCAAAUAUAUUCUUGUGAGAUCUGUUCUGGAAAUGAUAUUUUGCAGUUGAAUUGUUUUUCAUAUUGGGUAAACUCUGUUGACCUUUACAAGGGCUUGUGUAGAUGUACUGAAGCAUUCGACAAAAACAUCUGUGAUUGGUAUGAAAGGAAUUGGGGAGAAAGUAAAGAGACAACGGUUGGGUAUUAGUAAAUAUGUGGUUUUGAUAAAUUAACAGGCGAGGAAACACGGCAGUAUGCGAAAUUCACUUCAUUUAUACUUACAGCUUGUUUGGAUGGUUGUUAUGUAUUGUAUUGUAUUGUAUCGUAUUGUUACUUUUAAAUACGAUGUUUGUUUCGAUUGUUACUUAAAUUUUAUUGUAUCGUAUUGUUAAAUUCGUAGUUACGUAACGACAAAAUGUGCCACUUAAUGUAACGA